UAUCUCUUCUUCUGAUUUUAAGGGGAGACUUCCCUUCGCCUGUUCGCUUCGUCUCGCCUAAACCUCGGGAGCUUCCCAGACGAGACCCAGCCAUGGCGAGCUCCCAGAUCUCCCGCGGAACUCUGUCUCUCCUUCUCCUCCUCCUCUCCGCCGCCUUCGCCGCAGGCCCCGCGUUCGCGGACGGCGACGACGUGGUGGCCCUCACGGAGUCCACCUUCGAGAAGGAGGUCGGCCAGGACCGCGACGCCCUUGUCGAGUUCUACGCCCCCUGGUGUGGUCACUGCAAAAAGCUUGCCCCUGAGUAUGAAAGGCUAGGUUCAACUUUUAAGAAAGCUAAAUCUGUCUUGAUCGCGAAGGUUGAUUGUGAUGAGCACAAGAGUGUGUGUGGCAAGUAUGGAGUAUCUGGAUAUCCAACAAUCCAGUGGUUCCCUAAAGGUUCCUUGGAGCCCAAAAAGUAUGAAGGACAACGCACUGCAGAAGCCCUUGCUGAAUUUGUUAAUAGUGAAGGAGGGACCAAUAUAAAGCUGACGACCAUUCCUUCAAGCGUGGUUGUGCUCACCCCUGAGACUUUUGAGUCAAUUGUCCUUGAUGAAUCAAAAUACGUCCUUGUUGAGUUCUAUGCCCCAUGGUGUGGUCACUGCAAGAGUCUUGCCCCGACAUAUGAGAAGCUGGCUUCUGUUUUCAAGUUGGAUGAGGGAGUUGUGAUUGCUAACCUUGAUGCUGACAAACACAAAGACUUGGCUGAGAAGUAUGGAGUUACUGGCUUUCCUACAUUGAAGUUCUUUCCGAAGGGAAACAAAAUUGGUGAAGAUUAUGAUGGUGGCAGGGACUUGGGUGACUUUGUCAAGUUCAUUAAUGAGAAGUGUGGCACCAGCCGUGAUACUAAGGGUCAACUCACUUCAGAGGCUGGCCGUGUAGCUAGUCUGGAUGCCAUGGCAAAGGAGUUCCUUGGUGCUGCCAGCGACAAGAAGAAGGAAGUCCUCUCCAAUAUGGAAGAGGAGGUAUCUAAGCUCAGUGGUGCAGCAGCAAAGCAUGGAAAGGUCUAUGUAACCAUCGCAAAGAAGGUCCUGGAGAAAGGCAGUGACUAUACUAAGAAGGAAACUGAGAGGCUUCAACGCAUGUUGGAGAAGUCUAUCAGUCCUUCAAAGGCCGAUGAAUUCAUCAUCAAGAAGAACGUUCUUUCAACAUUCUCUUCCUAAGGCAAUGCUGGGCGCCGUUGUCACCUUUCGGAUAUAGGUGAAAAGAUACCGGAAGAUCAGGAGUGUGAUAAUGAUAGCUUAUUGGUGAUAGAACUAAUUUUGGGAUUUCCCUCGAGCAUACGUGAUACAAGUACCCUUUAGCAAAUUGCAGUUCUUUUCCUCUGUGCUUACAUGGAUUUAGUCCAUAGCAAAAUAGUUUCCCUUUGGAUGGAGAGAGAGAUGGAAUACCUUGUGACGACAUAAAUUAAUUUUAACUUAAUUUUCCAAUCCAACAAUACAGCUCACUUUAUGGGCUUAUAUAUGAACUUGGAACUGCAAGUAAUAUUGUCUUGA